UUUUGUUUCACUUUGCAGUGGACUUGCUUCAGGCUUUGCGCCUCUAAGGCAUUUGUUUAGUUUACAGAACAAAAAAGAAGUUUGGAAAACUCGUCACAUCCGUUUUAUUUACAGUUAGGAAAAGUAUGGGACUACCUUGCAACAUGGGUUGUAAAAGUGGUUUGUUUUUGUGUUAAGGCUUUGAAGUUGCAUAGUGUUAUAAAAGUUUUGUGGCUUUUUCUCCCCCAUUUGUAUCCAAAUCUCUGCUAGCGAAAAUAUAGCAGUCGUAGCCAACGAACGGGUGUGAAAUGGCAAAGAUUAUUUUUUUAUGGAAGACUGAGUAAUGAAUGACAGCAUUUCCAGUCACGCUGUAUAUCCGUGUCUUAUAACUGGAUUUUAAACAAAGUUGAUCAUCAGCAGAGUUUUUGUCUUGUGAAUUUACUAUACAAAAAUGAAGUUAGUGGCUGUGUUUUAUGUGUUGGUACUCGUUCCCCUGUGCAACUGCCGUUUGAUCAGCAUCCCUCUUAGGAUCGCGAACGCGGGUGCCCCGGCCCGUUUAUACCCUACACCGGGCACGAGUACCUCUUCAGUAACUGCGUCCUCUGAGGUAAAGAGGAAAGGCGGGCAGAACCUUGCCCUAGACUCCCAGCCUCUCGGGACCAUCAGUUUCCUGGAGAUGGUCAACAAUCUGAAAGGAGACUCGGGCAGAGGCUACUAUAUGGAACUGUUAAUCGGCACUCCUCCUCAAAAGUUGAAUGUUUUGGUGGACACUGGAAGUAGCAAUUUUGCAGUUGCAGGAGCUCCUGAUCCAUAUGUUGUUGGGUAUUUUGAUAGUGCGCUGUCUUCCACGUACCAGUCUCUUGGUCUUGAUGUUUCAGUUCGAUAUACACAGGGAAGCUGGAGCGGAGAGCUUGGCAAAGAUAUAAUUUCUAUUAGUGGAGGACCAAAUGGCUCUUUUACAGUUAACAUUGCCACCAUCCUUGAGUCUGACAACUUCUUUUUACCUGACAUCAACUGGCAAGGUAUCUUAGGACUCGCUUACAGUGCUUUAGCAAAGCCUUCUAGUUCUGUGGAACCAUUUUUUGACUCCAUCGUAAGGGAAGCCAAAAUUGAGAAUGUUUUCUCCAUGCAGAUGUGUGGAGUAGGAGUAGCAUUGCCUCCUCAAGAAAAGGAUGCUGUUGGAGGGAGUCUGAUCUUGGGUGGAAUUGAACCAAGUUUAUACACUGGUCCCAUCUGGUACACCCCUGUAAAGGAAGAAUGGUACUAUCAAGUUGAAAUCCUAAAACUGGAAGUGGGCCAGCAGAACCUUAACUUGGAUUGCAGAGAGUAUAACAUGGAUAAAGCUAUUGUGGACAGUGGUACAACUCUUCUGCGUUUACCUGAAAAAGUCUUCAUAGCCAUCGUGGAGGCCAUUACAAGAAUAUCUCCAAUCGCAGAAUUCUCCAGUGGCUUUUGGACAGGUAGUCAACUGGCCUGCUGGGCAAAAGGCGAAACAACAUUGUCAUUGUUCCCAAAGCUCUCCAUUUAUCUACGAGGAAUGAAUUCGAGCCAGUCAUUUCGGCUCACAAUUUCUUCAGAGCUUUAUAUCCUGUAUGUGGCAGAAGUGAGAGACUCUUUAGACUGCUACAGAUUUGGCAUUGCUCCGUCAUCUAACGGGCUGAUUAUUGGUGCUACCUUCAUGGAAGGCUUCUAUGUUAUUUUUGACAGAGCUCAUGCAAGGGUUGGUUUUGCAGUCAGUACUUGUGCAGAUGCAUCUGCUUCACAUGCAUCAGAAAUCGCUGGCCCCUUCUCAGCAGCAGAUGUAGCCAGCAAUUGCAUUGCCACAUCAUCUUUUUCGGAGCCUGUUUUUUGGAUAAUAUCCUAUGUAUUGAUGUCGAUCUGUGGAACUGCCCUCCUCAUUUUGAUUGUUCUGCUGUUGCUUCCAGAACAGUGUUGUAGAAGAAACAGUAAUGAAGUAAAUGAUGCAUCAUCCUUAAUUCGCCAUCGCUGGAAAUGAAGAUUCCUACUUUGUAGACUAAAAAGGCUUGGAGAUUCGGGGUGGUUUCAGUAAUUCCAAAACAAUAUUUGUAUUCUCUAUUGCACAUUUUAAAGUAUGAACUUGAAAGAAAAAUAAUGAGAUCCAUUAAAAAAAUUUAUUUUUAUAUUUGCCCAGUUUUCAGCCAGGGUUUCACUCAGGUUUCCUUGUUACUCUGUACUAUGAGUGAAUGUAUUUUACAAGCACAUCUUUAAAUAGCUUGUGGUGCUUUAUAGCCAAUUACACAAAUCAGGAUUACAAACAUUUUCAGUUGUCUGCAGUCCUAUGGGUUAAGUUGUCACCCAGUCACAUUUGACAUUUGUAACAGGGUAUACCCAUGCCACUCUCCCUAAUGCAUCAUGCUCGAUAUCUUCUAGACCUCUUCUUGGCCCAUUUCUCAAAGUAAGAAUAUUCGUCAAGGUCUCUUCCCAUUUAAUGUUCACACUUGUAGUGUCUCCUUUGCACAAAUGUGAUUUUGUAGAAAAAUGGUUAAAACACGAUUGUUUGAGAAAAUGUACCCAACCAAAGACCCAUCAAGGAAAGCUCUCUCAUAGAUAAACUAAUUCAGUAAGGCAAUAUCUAUUUUAUGUUCUGGUCAGGUUAAAUCUUUGUUAUAUAUUUAAUCCAUUUCUCAGUUUACAUUGUGUGAUGUAUCUUGACAUUUCUUGUUGGUCAGUGUUUCUCUGUGCCUGUCUGUACAUUUUCCUCCCAAGCCUGUUUGCUUCUUUAGCUAUUAUUCAUGCCCUGUACAUUUCUUGUUUGUUUGCUUCUUUCCAGCUUAUUCAGUACGUUGUAUUAGCAUUUAGGUGAAACUAAAAAAUGUUGAGCUUCCUUGUAUUUUUUAAUAUUUUGCCUUUGUCCUGCUAUGAAUCCCAUUAGUUCAGUUGUCUGCAUUUGUUGUGUGACACCAAGGAAUACCCUUUUCAAAGCAUGUCACCUUUCUUGGCUCACCUUUAUGGUCAGCAUGUAAAGUCCACCUCUCUAGCACAAUCUUCACAAGUAGACAGCUGCAUACAUUCCCUUUUAGCUUGAAUUUCUUUCUGGUCCUUUGUUGAUGUACAUCAGUUUAAUGAUAUUCUUUUAAGUUGGUAUGAUGAAGUGAUAUUAACAUUUUUGGAAGUAAACAAGUCUUAUUAAAUUAAGUACCUUAAGUAGUGAAGUUCAUUACAAAUUAUGUCCAGUGUAUUUUAAAGCCAAGCAUUGGUCUACUGUUAAAUUAUGUGCAAUAAAAUUAUUUUUAAACA